CCGGCUCGGCUGGCAGGGCCGCCGGGCCUGGGGGCGGGUCACGCAGAUCGCGCGGCCGGAGCGGCGGCGGCGGCGCUUGUGGCGGGGAGGCCGGCGUCCGGCUCCGCUGAAGCCGAGCGAGCGCCUCGCCGGGCCGAGCUCGCCUCCCCCCGCGGUGAAACCAUGGAGAUCGGCACCGAGAUCAGCCGCAAGAUCCGGAGUGCCAUUAAGGGGAAAUUGCAGGAAUUAGGAGCUUACGUGGAUGAAGAACUUCCUGACUACAUUAUGGUGAUGGUGGCCAACAAGAAAAGUCAGGACCAAAUGACAGAGGACCUGUCCCUGUUUCUCGGAAACAACACAAUUCGAUUCACCGUGUGGCUUCAUGGUGUAUUAGAUAAACUUCGCUCUGUUACAACUGAUCCCUCUAGUCUAAAGUCUUCUGAUACUAACAUAUUUGCUAGUAGUGUGGCUUCUAACAAGAGCAGUUUCGGCCGGGGAGAUGAGAGAAGGCAUGAAGCUACAGUGCCCCCGCUUGCAGUUUCUAGCACUAGGUCUGAGAAAAGAGACUCCAGAGUUUCUACAAGUUCACAGGAGCAGAAAACCACUACUGUCAGCAGGCAGAGUCACGACGACGGAGCUGCAACCCGGCUGACGUCCACGGUGAAGCCUUUGAGGGAGCCAGCUCCCUCGGAAGAUGUGAUCGACAUUAAGCCAGAGCCCGAUGAUCUCAUUGAUGAGGACCUCAGCUUUGUGCAGGAGACUCCCUUAUCUCCGAAAAAGCCGACCGUGACUCUUCCAUACGGUGCUUCUCGCCCUUCUCUGGAACUCUACCGGCCACCUGCAAGUCGGAGUGCGGAUGGCGGCGCCCACGGAAACCGCCUGCAGCUCCAGCAGCAGCAGAACAGCCGAGCCUACGACACUGGACGUCUGUGUGAUGCAGAAAUCAGUAGCUUAGAAGAGACGUAUAGUCCCUUCUUCAGAAACAACUCAGACAAAAUGAGUAUAGAGGAAGAAAACUUUCGCAAGAGAAAGUUGCCUGUGGUAAGUUCAGUUGUUAAAGUAAAAAAAUUCAGUCAUGACGGAGAAGAGGAGGAGGAAGAUGAUGACUGUGGGUCCCGGACAGGAAGCGUCUCAAGCAGCGUGUCAGUUCCAGCAAAGCCUGAAAGGAGACCUUCACUUCCACCUUCUAAACAAGCUAACAAGAAUCUAAUUUUGAAGGCUAUCUCUGAAGCUCAAGAAUCUGUAACAAAAACAACUAACUACUCAUCAGUCUCGCAGAAACAGACACUUCCGGUUGCUCCCAGAACUCGAACUUCUCAAGAAGAAAUGCUAGCAGAGAUGGUCCAGGGGCAAAACAGACCCCCCAGGAUAGAUAUUCAAGAAGAAGCAACAGGAAAUGAAACAGAAAAAAGCCAAGGCGCUGAGCAGAGGCUGUUACCCCGGCUGCAGAUUGGCCCUGUUCUGGCGGGAGCUCUGCAGAUGAGCCCAGAUGACUAUGACAUGGAAUCCAUGGUCCAUGCAGACACGAGAUCAUUUAUUCUGAAGAAGCCAAAGCUGUCUGAGGAAAUAGUAGUGCCGCCCAACCAGGAGUCGGGGAUGAAGACUGCAGAUACCCUGCGGGUACUUUCAGGACACCUUAUGCAGACACGAGAUCUUGUACAACCAGAUAAACCUGCAAGUCCCAAGUUUAUAGUGACGCUGGAUGGUGUCCCCAGCCCCCCAGGAUACAUGUCAGAUCAAGAGGACCUGUGCUUUGAAGGAGUGAAGCCCGUGACCCCCACGGCAGCCUCCAGCAAGGGACUCAGAGGUCUCCUCCACCCACAACAGCUGCCGCUGCUGAGCAGGCAGCUGGAUGACCCAGAUGGUAGCUUUUUCCACGGUUACACAAGUGCGGUGGCCUUUGUGGAGACAGCUGUGAUGAGUGAAACACAGAAACCAGAGAAGCUUCUGGAGCGCUGCAAAUACUGGCCGGCCUGUAAGAACGGCGACGAGUGUGCAUUCCACCAUCCCGUCUCACCGUGCAAGGCUUUCCCCAAUUGUAAAUUUGCUGAAAAAUGCUUGUUUGUACAUCCAAACUGUAAAUACGAUGCAAAGUGUACUAAACCAGAUUGUCCCUUCACUCAUAUGAAUAGAAGAGCCUCAGUACUGCCUCCAAAAGCAGCGGUGUCCGUGCCGACACCACCUUCUGGUAACCAGCUCUGCCGUUACUUCCCAGCUUGUAAGAAAAUGGAAUGUCCCUUCUUCCAUCCCAAACACUGUAGAUUCAACACUCAGUGUACGAGACCAGACUGCACGUUUUACCACCCCACUGUAACUGUACCGCCACGGCAUGCCUUGAAAUGGAUUCGACCGCAAACCAGAAAAGCUCAACUUCUCAACUGAGGUGUUUGGCAUGUUUGAAAGCAAGGCAGUUACUGAACUGUUUUUGGUUUGCAGUGAAUGAUGCCCUGUCCUCCCUGGCAGAAGAUCAUGGAGCCUGAAAGUUUGCAUCUACUGAAAAAUACCCUACAGAACUUGUCAUAACUUUGAAACUUGGAAUAUAUUGCUUUCAUAAUAUGAAGUUUACUGUCUACCUGAA